UAAUUGUUGCGCAGUUAGUCGCAAAGAGGAAUUCAUGCUCGGAGGAAACGAGCCUCGCAGCAAAGAUCUCUUACUGCGCAAUUCGACAAGUAAUUUCGCAAAUCGAGCAUCCGACAUCGAGUGUUAACGAACGAAACGAGUGAUUUUUCAAAGUUGACAAAGAAAUCAUGGCACUGGUAUCGAGAAGCAUAUUCCGCAACUGGUGGGACGAUAUAGAUCGCUACCAUCGUGAGAUGGAGGAACAUUUUCGGAGGCUGAGUCUGCACGAUGACGAUCUAUGGCGAAUGCCGUCGCUCAUCGGCAGGUUCCGGCGAGUGCGCGACGUAUUUUUUGAAAAUCCAGAACAUGAGAUAGGCGGAUGGGCAACAGUCGAAUGUGACGCGGACAAGUAUCGAAUAGUGGUGGACGUACAGCAGUUCACGCCGGAGGAAGUCACCGUUCGCACCGACGACAAGUACAUCACCAUUGAGGCCAAGCAUCAUGAGAGGAAGGAUAGCCACGGCUAUGUGUCGCGACAGUUUAUACGUCGUUAUUUGCUGCCGCAUGGUUACGACAUCAGCCAAGUGAAGCCCAGCUUGUCUUCCGAUGGUAUUCUGACUAUUACGGCACCCAAAUGGAAAUGGGCUUUACCGGCGCCGGGCGAACGAUUUGUGCCAAUUAUACGACAAACUUAUUGGCCGGCCAUCAAGACCAAGUAAUGCGCUGAAGUGUUUCCGGAUAACGCGAAAAUCCAAUGAUUGAGAAAUUAAUCGCCAAAACGAAAUGUCCGAAUAAUUUUUUUAGAACCAUGAUGAUCAUCCUCAAAAUCAAUAGUUUGCAGAGAUGUAUACCAUUGUCUGUAAUAACAUUUGACUUACCAAGAAACGGAUAAUCAAACCUUGAUAAGAAAAAAAUUAAUCGUUUUAAUCUUGAAUGUUUGAAUUUUUAGAUACUUUUGCAACGAGUUUUAGGCCGGUUCGCGUUGUUCGGCUUCCUCGCAAAUGUCUAUUAUUAUGUGUACACAAUCGAUCAGUACGAUUACACUAAUAUUACAAACACUUGCUAAUAUUUUUACUACGUGUAUACAGGGCGUCCUGAAAUUUGCGAAUCAAAAUACUAUAGCAAGACAGAUAUCGAAAAAUUAAGUAAAAAAAGUUAUAUGUACAUUUUUAAUUGAAGCAAUAGUUUUUGAAAUAUAAGGAUUCAAAUAUAUACAACCAACUACAAAUUACGUUUAGUCGUCCACCAGCUGUCCAUAAAUCAUAUAAUAUUAGUAAGCACGCAUUUCAGCGUUUAAUUUUUUGAAAAGUUUUUCAC